AUGUUAUUCUUCGGUGUUUUUGUGCCACACGGCCCUUUCAACGGCUAUCUGAAUCGAUCGACCCCGUGGCUUCUCAAAUAUGGCCCAACAGAUGAAAACACGGUGCCGAUCACCAUCCAAGGCAAGGACUCCCGGACUGCCGCCAUCAUCAACCCGAUGGCUUUCGACGUCGUGAAAGUUGCUGACCUCUUCGAGAAGGCCCUGAUCGAGCAGCACGAGACCGAUGUCACGCUCGAGCUUUUCGUUUCGGCUUAUGAGGAACUGAACAAGUUCAUCGGGAUGCUGGGGAAAAUCUUCCAGUUCGUCCAGGCAGACGUUCGUGCGAAGACCACCCGAUUGAGGGAAUUGUCCGGCAAGGAUCCGGUAAAAUAUGAGUCAGCCGAAGCCAUGUUUGCUCACGAGGUGGAUCUGAAGAAAUACAAUGGCGCGAAGAGUUUGCUUGCCCUGCAUCGUGCACUUCAGUUCAUCGUGGACUUCAUGGAAGCGCUCGCCUCGUCCACCGAUGACGCAAGUGUGGCUGAGAUCUGUCGUGUUUCUUACGGACGCACUCUGGCUAAGCACCAUGGCUGGGCUAUUCGUCAAGCUGUGUCCCUCGCCGCCUACACGUUACCGUCACGCCGCCAACUCGUGCUUUGCGUCGUCGAGCAGCCGCCGUCCGAUGAGUUUGUCAAGGAGGCAAUCCUCCGUGUCGUCCGUAGUGGUCAGGCAGUGUUCGACCGUCUCAACGUGUAUUAUGACAGACACGAGCUGCACAACCUUCUG